GAUAUCCUGAAACAGAAACUCCUUUAGCUUAUACUACACCAUCUGCAAAUAUAACUACUCCACCAGGAUAUCCUGAAACAGAAACAACUGCAGCUUAUACUACACCAUCUGCUAAAAUAACUACUCCACCAGGAAAUCCUGAAACAGAAACUACUGCAGCUUAUACUACGCCAUCUGCAAAAAUAACUACUACACCAGGAUAUCCUGAAACAGAUACACCUUCAGCUUAUAUUACACCAUCUGCAAAAAUAACUACUACACCAGGAUAUCCUGAAACAGAAACACCGGCAGCUUAUACGACACCAUCUGCAAAAAUAACUACUACACCCGGAUAUUCCGGAACAGAAAUACCUGCAGUUUAUAUGACACCAUCUGCUAAAAUAACUACUUCUGGAUAUCCUGAAACCGAAACACCUUCAGCUUAUACUACACCAUCUGAUAUCGUGAAACAGAAACAACUGCAGCUUAUACUACACCAUCUAUAUCCUGAAACAGAAACACCCGCAGUUUAUACGACACUAUCUGCAAAAAUAACUACUUUAGGAUAUCCUGAAACGGAAACACCUUCAACUUAUAGUACACCAUCCACAAAACUAACUACUCCACCUGGAUAUUCUGAAAUAGAAACACCUGCAGUUUAUGGGACACCUUAUGCAAAAAUAACUACUCCACCUGGAUAUUCUGAAAGAGAAACACCAGCAGUUUAUACUACAUCAUUUGUAAAAACAACUACACCUGGAUAUUUUGAAACAGAUACACCUGAAGUUAGUACUACACCAUAUGCAAAAAUAACUACUCCACCAGGAUAUUCCGAAACAGAAACACCUUCAGUUUAUACGACACCAUCUGUAAAAAUAACUACUACACCUGAAUAUUCUGGAACAGAAACACCUGCAGUUUAUACGACACCAGCUGCAAAAAUAACUACUUCAGGAUAUCCUGAAACAGAAACAACUGUAGCUUAUACUGCACCAUCUGCAAAAAUAACUACUCCACCAGGAUAUUCCGAAACAGAAACACCUGCAGUUUAUACGACAUCAUCUGCAAAAAUAACUACUUCAGGAUAUCCUGAAACAGAAACACCGGCAUCUAAUACGACACCAUCCACAAAAAUAACUACUACACCUGGAUAUUCUGGAACAGGAACACCUACAACUUAUAGGCCACCAUCUGAAAAAAUAACUACUCCAUCCGGAUAUCCUGAAACAGAAACACCUGCAUCUUAUACCGCACUGUCUGCAAAAAUAACUUCUUCAGGAUAUCCUAAAACAGAAACAGCAGCAGCUUAUACGACACCAUCCGCAAAAAUAACUACCACACCUGGAUAUUCUGAAGCAGAAACACCUGCAACAUUUAUUACACCAACAGCAAAAAUAUCUACUUCAUCAGAAUAUCCAGAAACAGAAACACGUGCAACUUAUUCGCCACCAUCUGAAAAAAUAACUGCUCCAUCCAUAUAUCCUGAAACAGAAACACCUGCAUUUUAUACGACACCGUCUCCUAAAAUAACUACUUCACCAGAAUAUCCUGAAACGGAAACACCUUCAACUUAUACGCCACCAUCUGAUAAAAUAACUAUUCCAUCCGGAUAUCCGGAAACAGAAACACCUGCAUCUUAUAUGACGCCAUCUCCAAAAAUAACUACUUCACCAGAAUUGGUGACAGCUACAUCUGCAACUUAUAUGCCACCAUCUGAAAAAAUAACUGCUCCAUCUGGAUAUCCUGAAACAGAAACACCUGCAUAUUAUACUACACCGUCUGCAAAAAUAGCUACUUCAGGAUAUCGUGAAACAAAAACACCGGCAGCUUAUACGCCACCAUCUGAAAAAAUAAUUACUCCAUCCAGAUAUCCUGAAACAGUAACACCUGCAUCUUAUACUACACCGUCUGCAAAAAUAACUACCUCAGAAUAUCCUGAAACAGAAAUACUUGCAUCUUAUAUGACACCAUCUCCAAAAAUAACUAUUUUACCAGAAUAUCCUGAAACAGAAAUACCUGCAACUUAUACGCCACCAUCGGAAACAAUAACUACUCCAUCCAGAUAUCCUGAAACAGAAAUACCUGCAUUUUAUACGACACCAUCUCCAAAAAUAUCUACUUCACCAGAAUUUCCUGAAACAGAAAUACCUGCUACUAAUACACCACCUUCUGCAAAAAUAACUACUCUUCUUGGAUAUCCUAAAACAGAAACACCUGCUGCUUAUAAGACACCAUCUUCAAAAAUUACAAUUCCAUCAGAAUUUCAAGAGACACAGACAUCUGCUUUUGAUAGGACACCUUCUGUGAAAAUAACUACUCUAUCAGGACAUCCUAAGACAGAGUUACCUACAGCUUAUACUAACCCUUCUGGGGAAGUAACUAUUCCUCCAGAAUAUCAAGAGACAGAGACACCUGCUGCUUAUGCUACUCUGUCUGCAAAAAUAACUGGUCCACCGGAAUAUCCUGAGAUGGAAACCUCUACAGCUUAUCCAACUCCGUCCACAUCUCCUCCAUAUAUAACUGCUCAAACAGGAUAUCUUGGACAAACUGUAUCUAUUCCUGAAAAGAAAAUGUCUGUAUCAAGGGCAACUGCUGCCACAGAUUUACCAACAAUUUCUGUAUAUACGGAUACUACACAAAAUAUCUUCAAUAUAUCCGACAUAUCUACUCUAUUUUGGAGUACUAUGAAAAUUGCCACACCAAUGAGUCAAUUAAAAGAUGAUAAAACAACUAUUACUGCUUCAUAUCCAGUUGAUAUAAGCCAUUCUUCCCCAACCACCAUUCAGCCUUACAUAAUUUCUCCACCAGUUUCAAUUUCUCCCACCCCAAAAAAGUUCCUAAUAGAUAACGAAACAAAAGAAUUAGAUCAUCAUUGUUCUCAUAUAAAUAAUUGUUCAAAUAAUACUACUUGUAUAAGAAAUCAUUGUAUUGAUCCUUGCACAUAUUACAUGCCUUGCGUGAAAAACAUUAAAUGUAAUGUAAUUGCCCACAUAGCCAUAUGUUUGUGCCCAUUAGAUAAGAUCCAGAGGAAAUUAAUUGGUUGUGAGACCAUACCAGAACAACCGAGGAUACCACAAUGUAAACACUGUCCACCGGGUGUACCUUGCGAUCCUGUAACUGGAGCCUGCCAGAAAGCUUAA